CAUGGAAUGCUGGGUCAUAUCUGGACCUCUCUGUUUCUCAGGGGAUCAGGGAGCCCCCAACCAGACGCAGGCCACCACUGUUGUGGGGCACCUGCUGAGGGACCACAUGGAGGAGAGGAACAGUACCAACUUCACCAGGGCCCUGAAGCUUCCAGAUGGGACCAGUGCUGCCUGGUACAUCCUCACCAUCUUUGGCAUCUACGGAGUGAUCUUCCUCUUCCAGUUGGCCAGCAACAUCCUCAGAAAGAAUGAUAAGUCCUUGGAAGAUAUUUAUUACUCAAAUCUGACGUCUGAACUCAAAAAGAAAGGGCUCCAGAGCAAGGUAGCCAAAUGCUCUUCACUGACCAUUAGCAACAGAGCUGUCCUGCAGCCCAGCAAGGCCAGUCUGGGACCAACAUGUGGAAACAAAGAGUCCCAUGCUGAAAUCCAAGGGAUCCCUUGAAAGUCAAGGCAAGAAGGUCUCUCUAACAGAGGCCCAACCUUCUUUCUAGGGGAGAAGCUUUGGGUUUACCUGGAACCUUGUGAGAGGAGUCGAGCCUUUGAGUGGGGCUGGAAGAGCAUC